AGCUCGCAUGUCGGAUCAUCACUGAUCGUCCACACACACAAAACUCCCAGCGUUUUCGGGCAAGAAUGGCUUUCACAAAGGUCGUGUUUGGACUAGCUAGUCUGGCUGCUGUCGUCUUAGCAUACCCAAUCGAAUACGAAGAUUUUUCCCACUACGCACCAGCUCCAGUUCAGUAUCAACAUGGCGCCCCCUUGGCGAAACAGCUCGUAGUGGAAAAAUACGCUCACCCCAAAUACGAGUUCAAAUACGGAGUUAACGACCAGCACACAGGUGACAUCAAAGAGCAGUCAGAGCAGCGAGACGGAGAUGUCGUUAAGGGUCAAUAUAGUCUAGUGGAGCCCGACGGAACCACCCGUACCGUCAAGUACACUUCCGAUAAACAUAAUGGAUUCAACGCAGAGGUUAUUAAGUCCGGCCACGCGACUCAUCCAGCUUCAGCCCCGAAGAAAGUAGCGGCUCCUGUAGUCUACGCCCACCAGCCUCUCGUUCAGGAGCAUGUGCCUGUUAGCUUCGGGGGACACGACGUCCAGCUCGGCGGAUUUGAUUUCCAUCAAUGAUCGCACAGCACAAAGCAUACCACGUUGUAUUCGUACUGUCAACCACUUUACCUCUAGAAUCAGGUGUUCUGGAAAGAAAUGUUUACUCACUUUAAGGAACUGAGAGAGCUGGCUGUAAUAGUCUAUGUAAGGAAUUGCCUUUCAUGUUAACACACAUCUCUUUACGAGUUUGAUUCAAAUAGAUUUAUGAUUAUGUUAACUGGUGACAUAUUUAUCAAGAUGACAUUUAUUACUUCGAAAGCCAAACGGCCAAAUAAUAAUUUACUUUCGUCUUACUGAACUUAAUUCUCCUUAAAUUUUACGAUAUGGAAAAUUCGAAUAACAAAACGAAAAAAAAAAACUUAAGGUGUAUUAUUACCACUCCAAAAUUAAAUUUACACAAAGAUUAUACAUUCCUUUAAAUAGCAUAUGACAAAUUUGUUAAAUAUUUAAGAAACUUUCAAGAUAACUGUAUCACUACGUUCUUUGCAGGAUCGGAACUAAAACCCAACAAGUAAAACGACAUGUCAAUGAGAUACGUCAUUUUGGUAAAUAAUUUAUAAACCAUAAGUAAAAUUUAUUUCUGAUAUCUAUCACAAAGUCAGUCACAAGAGAGCAAAACUUAAUUUUAAUAGCUGUCAAAUUUACAGUGGUCACGCAGUCUGAGGCAUGGACCUCGUGCGCCUGGCCGCUGGGACCGUGGGUUCGAGUCCCACUCAAGGCAUGGAUGUUUGUCCGCGUCCUUUCUCUUCCAGUCUGAUGGAUAAAGACUGGCCACGGAAGGCAAGGCGAAACCACCGUGGUAUCUUCGCAAGUAACAGCCCCGUAAUUGGGGCUGCAAACCAAUCCUAGAAUUGAUGACUAAUUAUUAUAUUAUUAAAUUUAAAGAAGGAACAAUUUAAAAAAUUUCGAUUCGGUUUAAUGUCUAUAGAAAAUUUAAGCUUAUUAUAUGUAGCAUAUAAUGUCAUCGUUAACAUAAUGCUUAUGUAUGAACAAAUGUAGCAUAAUUUUGUAGCAAUUUAAUUUGUCUGCAUUGUUUUAAAUAUUCUUGAUACCAGACGAAAGAACGUAGAGGUUCACAACAGACAAAGUAAUGACAGGCUAUUUCGUAACAAGAAAUUUCAUUAGACGAGCAAGUGUAUUGGCUCAUAUUCCUAACAUACGACUUUGGAACAAACUUUUAAAGCGUUCCAGUCUAGUCAUGCGACUGAAUUUCUCUAUUGGCACUCCUACUGUGAUCAUAUUCCAGGUGUUCAUAUUCUCACGUUUAACUUCGUUUAAUGCAACUAGCACACUUCCAAGGUUUCAGUUAUUUUUUUAAAAUCGUAGUUAAUACUGUAGAUAUGUAUAUCAUAAUAAUAGGACGUGUUAUUGACGAUUUAAUAGAUCACCAAAGCUAUUUUCACAUGAACCAUUAAAAGUAUGUAUAAAUUAGAGCUUAAUGUUGUGAAAAAAUAUAGAAAAUCUGAAAAUGCAUAUUUCUAAGAUCAAGAAACAGAUUCUCUUACUGUAGGUAUCGCUAAUAUAAAAGCCAUUUCAUUUCCACUAUUAGAAAUUCAAUAAUAACAAUUCUGUCUGUAAAUUUGUUGGCUAAAUUAGCGUAAUAUCAGAUCUUUAAUACAUUUUAAAUUCCAUAGACUUAUUAUUGGUAUCGCUUGUUAUAUGAUUUGUGGGUAAUACGUAAGAGAUGCACUUUUUGUAUUUUUAUAUGGGACUCAGUAAUACUAGGUAAUUAUUGUUUAUGACUGCACACAUUUUAUUUGUAAAUAAAAAAAUAUCAACUUCA